UGAAUUGAUCUGACGUCACAUUGACAAACCCUACGCCAGUCCCGACAUGUCGCUGUCAGAAACAGAAACAAAACCUAAAAUUUUGCUGGCACUUUUGCGAACUUUAUUUUCUUUUAAACGUUUUAAUGAGAAUUGACUGAAAAAAUGGAGAAAAUCGACCGCAAACUGCAAAGCGGCAAUUCCGCCUUAAUAUCGCAAGUUUUUUCGCAGCUUGUACUCAGCGCCCAAACGAAAAACAGCGCUAAACUCGAAUUUGCCUACUUGAAAAGUAAAUGUUUAAGCGAUAGCAGUGGCCUUAUUAACGACAUAGCUAGAUUGACCAUAGUGGAACUGCUCCAGCGAAACCUGCUGCAAAUUGACGAUGUUUUGGCUGACUGUGUGACCAGUGUCGCAUCUACCAACAAUACUGUCUCACUGGUAAAAUUAAUUGGCAGCAUUUUACAGUUGCAAACUGCGGCCAGCUCAGCGCCUAGACAGUUCCAGCUGUCUCAGCACCCCCUGAUUAAGAUCCUACAAGAAGAUCAACGCGCUGAUGUGCAAAUGAGCAUCUUCAAUGAAAUCGCCCACAGUUGCCACUCGAAUCCACGUGCACAUCAACUGCACGAGCCCCUCUACUUGUACUGCCUGUGCAGCCCCUUAUCGAAAAUCGAGCUGGGACUGCUCAGACACAAAUUGUGGACUUUCUUCAUCGGAUACGACGAAGACAAUCAAACUAUCUGGGUUUUGAAGCUCGCCUGUUGGCUGCAGAUGGAAAACAAGCAUACCGAGCUGGCUGGAAGUUUGUUGGACGAGGCCCUGCAAAGGCAACUUCUCAACCCGGGCAAAUAUGUGGAUUAUUUGAUUUUCGCCCAGAUACUAGUGGUGGAGAAGAUGGUUGCUCGCAAUGCGGACUGUAGAUUGGUCAUCAAAACUCUUCUGGAUCUGCUGAAAAGAGUUGCCAUUGGCCACUCAAAUGCCGCCCUACUCAUUCUCAGUAAGGCUGUACUGGUUUGCUCGCCCGGUUACUUGGAGGAAUUGCUACAGUUAUGUCUGGUUUUAGCCAAUCACAGCCAAUGCAAGCCACAAUGCUACCUGGCCUUAAGGUCUGUCCUACUGCACUGGUUGGCCACGCCAAAUCUGCUCACUGAAAAAGCCAUGAAUGUCGCUCAAACCAUUCUGAAGCUCCAAAUUGGCAGGCCAAAAGAGCCAUCAGCUUCCGCUUCGCCGAUCCCCCAUCACUACAUGUGGAUGACCAACCCGGACAUGUUUUUGAACGUGCAUCUCGCCAAUAUCAGCAACAUUCCCGCAUUAGUUGCCGGCUUUCAAGACGCCCCCUUGCACUUCCAUAAAACCAACUUCACGUUUCUUUGCGGGUUGCUGUUGAACCAGCAGCUCCGCACUGAGCAUCAGCUGAACGUUCUUUCUAUGAUAGUCGCCUGUUCUUCCGGCCAUCAGGAGCUUCUUCCUACCGUGCUCAGCCUGUUGCUGUGCAAAUUGGCCAGUGCUGAUGAUCCGCGCCUGCACUUCGCAAUCCUCAAAGCUCUCCCGGCUAUGGCAAGGCUCAAAGACAACACACCGAAAGUUAUAGCUACGAUCCGGGCGAUUUCCCAGCAAGCUCCCGACUUGAAAGACUUUGCGUUGCGUUUGCUGUAUGAUACAUGGGAAGUGGACAAUUCGGCGUACUGGGCACUGGAAGAAGCCGCUAUGCAGCGCUCCGCUGCGCCGAAAGGACUGGAAAUGGAGCGUCAAAUAUCCAGGGCGUUCAUCUUCAGGCAGCUGACUGAGAGACGGCCCGAGUUGUACGGGAAAGACUUAGUGGCAAGUCUGUCACAGAUCCUGAACGAAUGCACCGGUCUGGAAGGGGCAGUGCCCACUGCGUUGGCCCUUGAGGGCAUUCAAGGCUUGUGCAAAGCUGAAAUAAUCGAUAUAGUGACCACUUGGAAAACUUUGUCGCCCAAGUUCAGACUGGACACCAGAGUGGCAGUGAUAAAAAGCCUGUGUGCACUGAUUGGCGAGAUUCCAAAUCUGGAAUACGCCCACUCUUUCGACAAGCUUUUGGAUGAAGUAGUGGCACAUUUGUGGAGCUACGUGGCCGAAAGCGAGCAUGUGGAGGUCCAGAAUGCGGCUUUUCAGGCCCUAUCAGCGUUCAGCUUGGAAACUAUUUCUAGGCACAUUCCAAGCGCCUAUCUGGCGGACCAUAAUGACAAAGAGGCGGUAAUAGUGACAGUUUGUUUCUAUUGGCUGGUGGGUUUUUCAGGAAAAAUCUGGGUUAGCUUUCUGUCCGAGCACCCGUGCAAGGAGGCAGCCAGAGACUUUCUAACUAAGCUCGUUGCUGCUGAAGUGGACAAUUACCUGAAGUUCGUCUAUCAGCUGAAAGCUCAACGAGAACCGGUGAACUAUUUGGCAUUACCUGCCCACAGCAUUGUGCGAGCUUUGACCGAAUUCAUCAAGCACCAUUUCCUCAAGGUAAAGAACUGGAAAGACCCUGCAAAGGACCAACUUUUUAUGAACUGCCUGAAAGUCCUUUCGACUAAAUACUCCAAACCGUUGCCGCCGCUCGACUGGAGCUUUUUGCUGGAACUCGUUCACGAUCCAGCUCUGAAAAGCCACUGCUUAAGUCUGGCUGCUCAUCAGGCAGUGUUGUCUGGAUCAGCCCGUCGGCUUGUGGAAACGUACAUCAUUGGCAUAACAGAAGCUCCGCAGUUUGAAUCGGCCAUCCAGGUCUACAGGAAUUUGAUCCAUAUCGCCAACAGCAUCCAGCCAGUCGUUUUAAAGCCAUUCUUCCAAAAUUCGCUGCAUUCUUUACUGGAAAGCGCCCAGCUUGAGCUCGUGCUCACUCACGUCUCGGAGGUUUUACAAGCGAAAGAUGUCCAGGAAGUGAAUAAACACACCAUUGAGGAGGUGAUCACUGAACUGAUAUUUGUUGCCGAUGCACACUCACAGAGCUUUCUCUCGCUCUUGGGCUGUGUGGAGGCGUUUUCGCCGCAGGCUCUCACAAAAAUCGUCACGGCAACCCCCCAGAAAGUGGGCCAAAAGGAAUUCGAAAAAAUCCUCAAAAUAACCUGCAGCAUUUCGAAAAAAACCGCAUCCUCUGCUCCUCUUGCUUGGUUGAACCACAUGUUUGCCUUGGCCUACCACAACAAGAUCGAUCUGCUCGUCUAUGUGGACGAGUUAAAGUCGGUGCUAAAACAGCGUGCUACUCACGAAGAUUCCCCCGCAUGGCUGAACGAUCGUUUUGGAGAAAUCCAGGUCAAAGUGGCCGAUGGCUGUGAUAUCAAGGAAACGGAGCAGCUGUGCGAUAUUCUGGCCAUCGCUGUGGUUUUCUUGUCCGGGUUGCAUGUGAUUUUGCCCAGCGGCCACAUCAACAGCAUAAAGUACGCGUUUCCAGCCGCGUUGUCUUUUUUGCUCGAUCAAUUGGCCUGGGGCCUUUACACGACACAGAUUUUAGAGUGGAUGCACUACAUGAGCAGCUCGGAGAGUAUUUCGGAAGAGUACAGGAAUAUAUUCGGAUGGACUUUGGCCGGCUUGAGGCACCAAGAGGAAUUUUCCAGGGGUUCCAGGUGGACGAAGUAUUUGGACUGCAGACUUUGUACAGUGGAUGCGGUUUAAUACACCGAACAUUUUAAUAGAACAUUUUUGGAAA